CCCCCGGGGAUUCCCUCUGCUGCUGGCCUCACAAACCCCAGCACCCAGGGGGCCAUGGGAACCUCAGCCAUAGAGGCAGCCAGGAAAUGGGUCCACGCAGGCCUGGGAUGCAGAACCUGGGCAGCUAGUUCUUCCAGGCUUUUUGGUGGGUUCCAGAAAUGGGGAUUUGAAAAAUAAAAAUCUCCCCAACUUAUCAAUGUUGGCAACACAUUAAAAAAGUCUUUUUCGAAAACCAUCGUCCAGGGGGAACAGGAUCUGACACCAUCUCUAGACCCAGAGCCUGGUGCCACAGAGGGUCAAAGCUAGCAUGUAGCAGCUUCCUCUUCUAUAAGGUGGGAAUACUAGCAGUACCGACUCAUGGGGUUGUGCCGAGGAUUAGUGAGUUAACACGAGAGGUGCUUAGGCCGAGCCUGUAUCAGCCCAGGACUGUGUUUGCACCUGCCCCAGGCUGCCCAUCCCUCCCCUGCCAGGCUGUCUCCAAGCGGGCCGCACCCUUGGCCACCCGGAGCCUCCACCUCACCUGGGGACAGCCCUGAGGAUGUUGGAAAGCAGGGAAGUGUUCAGCCCUUGGGGCCCUGGAGAGAGAGCAGAGGCGGGAGGGCGGGCCUAGCCGGCGCCUGGUACAUAGUAGGUGCUCCAUAAAUGUUUAUUGAAUGAAUGAAUGGAGGCCAUGCAGGCAGAGGCAGCCGUGCGUGCGCAGGCACUGGUGAAAGAGCGGGUCCAGUGGAGACUGGAACCAGGUGACAGAUGGGUCUCUUCCUUCCUGCCCCCGUCUCUCGUGUGCUCCCCGCUCAGCUCCCGUCUCCAGCCUCCCGUGGGAAUCCUUUGAAGUUCUGAGCCCGGAAUCCCAGGAGGAAGAGGAGGAGGAGGAGGGAGAGGAAGUCAAGCCCUGAGGGCCUGGGCACCUGCCCUCGAAGGAGAGGAACACUUCCGGGAAGCAGGCUGUGGGGCCCCAGGCCCCCCCCCACCGGCCCUGGCUGGGCCCCGGCACCAAGCGACUGCUCGUAGCGCCCCGGACGGCCCCCAGCGGUUGGCACUGGCCGUGCCUGCCUCACCUGGGGCCCCCGAGCCGGGGGUGGCCCCCAAGAUGGUGACGGCCCCAGGGAGGACUGUGCUGCUGGCCCCAGCCUCCGGCCGCUAGGCACCCCCCCACCCCCCGUGCCCCUCCACCCCGAGCCCGGCCUGCGAGGGGGCCGAGGCGAGAGCCAUGCUGCGCCUGGGGCUGUGCGCGGCCGCGCUGCUGUGCGUGUGCCGGCCGGGCGCCGUGCGCGCCGACUGCUGGCUCAUCGAGGGCGACAAGGGGUACGUGUGGCUGGCCAUCUGCAGCCAGAACCAGCCGCCCUACGAGACCAUCCCGCAGCACAUCAACAGCACCGUGCACGACCUGCGGCUCAAUGAGAACAAGCUCAAGGCCGUGCUCUACUCCUCGCUCAACCGCUUCGGGAACCUCACCGACCUCAACCUCACCAAGAACGAGAUCUCCUACAUCGAGGACGGCGCCUUCCUGGGCCAGUCGAGCCUGCAGGUGCUGCAGCUGGGCUACAACAAGCUCAGCAACCUGACCGAGGGCAUGCUGCGGGGCAUGGGCCGCCUGCAGUUCCUCUUCGUGCAGCACAACCUCAUCGAGGUGGUGACGCCCGCCGCCUUCUCUGAGUGCCCGAGCCUCAUCAGCAUCGACCUGUCCUCCAACCGCCUCAGCCGCCUGGACGGCGCCACCUUCGCCAGCCUGGCCAGCCUCAUGGUGUGCGAGCUGGCCGGCAACCCCUUCAACUGCGAGUGCGACCUCUUCGGCUUCCUGGCCUGGCUCGUGGUCUUCAACAACGUCACCAAGAACUACGACCGCCUGCAGUGUGAGUCCCCCCGCGAGUUCGCCGGCUACCCGCUGCUGGUGCCCCGGCCCUACCACAGCCUCAACGCCAUCACCGUGCUGCAGGCCAAGUGCCGCAACGGCUCACUGCCCGCCCGGCCCGCCAGCCACCCCACGCCCUACUCCACCGAUGCCCAGAGGGAGCCCGACGAGAACUCGGGCUUCAACCCCGACGAGAUCCUCUCGGUGGAGCCGCCGGCCUCGUCCACCACGGACGCGUCGGCGGGGCCGGCCAUCAAGCUGCACCACGUCACCUUCACCUCGGCCACGCUGGUCGUCAUCAUCCCGCACCCCUACAGCAAGAUGUACGUCCUGGUGCAGUACAACAACAGCUACUUCUCCGACGUCAUGACCCUCAAGAACAAAAAGGAGAUCGUGACGCUGGACAAGCUGCGGGCGCACACCGAGUACACCUUCUGCGUGACCUCGCUGCGCAACAGCCGCCGCUUCAACCACACCUGCCUGACCUUCACCACCCGGGACCCGGUCCCGGGCGACCUGGCGCCCAGCACCUCCACCACCACCCACUACAUCAUGACCAUCCUGGGCUGUCUCUUCGGCAUGGUCAUCGUGCUGGGGGCCGUCUACUACUGCCUGCGCAAGCGGCGCAUGCAGGAGGAGAAGCAGAAGUCCGCCAAGGUCAAGAAGACCAUCCUGGAGAUGCGCUACGGGGCUGACGUGGACGCCGGCUCCGUGGUCCACGCCACGCAGAAGCUGGGCGAGCCGCCCGUGCUGCCCGUGUCCCGGAUGUCCUCCAUCCCCUCCAUGAUCGGGGAGAAGCUGCCCACCUCCAAGGGGCUGGAGGCUGGGCUGGACACGCCCAAGGUGGCCACCAAGGGCAACUAUAUCGAGGUGCGCACGGGCGCGGCUGGCGAUGGCCUGGCCCGGCCCGAGGAUGACCUCCCGGAGCUGGAGAAUGGCCAGGGCUCGGCCGCUGAGAUCUCCACCAUCGCCAAGGAGGUGGACAAGGUCAAUCAGAUCAUUAACAACUGCAUCGAUGCCCUCAAGUUGGACUCGGCCUCUUUCCUAGGGGGUGGCAGCAGUGGCGGGGACCCCGAGAUGGCCUUUGAGUGUCAGUCCCUCCCUGCGGCCUCCACCGCCUCCUCGGCCGCCGCCCCCCCCGGGGCGCUGGAGCGGCCCAGCUUCCUCUCACCCCCCUACAAGGAGAGCUCCCAUCACCCGCUGCAGCGCCAGCUGAGCGCCGAUGCCGCGGUGGCCCGCAAGACCUGCAGCGUCUCCUCCAGCGGCUCCAUCAAGAGCGCCAAGGUCUUCAGCCUGGAUGUGCCGGAUCACCCGGCCGCCACGGGGCUGGCCAAGGGCGACUCCAAGUACAUCGAGAAGGGCAGCCCCCUGAACAGCCCGCUGGACCGGCUCCCGCUGGUGCCCGCGAGCAGCAGCGGGAGCAGCACCGGGGGCGGCGUCCACCACCUGGAGGUGAAGCCCGCCUACCACUGCAGCGAGCACCGGCACAGCUUCCCGGCCCUGUACUACGAGGAGGGCACCGACAGCCUGAGCCAGCGCGUGUCCUUCCUCAAGCCGCUGACCCGCACCAAGCGGGACUCCACCUACUCGCAGCUCUCCCCCAGACACUACUACUCGGGCUAUUCGUCCAGCCCUGAGUACUCGUCCGAGAGCACGCACAAGAUCUGGGAGCGCUUCCGGCCCUACAAGAAGCACCACCGGGAGGAGGUGUACAUGGCCGCCGGCCACGCUCUGCGCAAGAAGGUCCAGUUCGCCAAGGACGAGGACCUGCACGACAUCCUCGAUUACUGGAAGGGGGUCUCGGCCCAGCAGAAGCUGUGACCCUCUCCUCUCCGGUGAGGCUGGAGGGGGC